AUGGAGAGGCAACUUUCUGAAUGCUUCACUGUGAAUGGAAGAGAUUAUCGGGGGUCAGAGAACUAUGCGGGGCCAGAAAGAAUUCCCUGUCUCUAUUGGAACCAGACCACCCAACACCGAUACAACACGCUGUCUGACCCAUCCGGAGAGCUGGGGCUGGGAGACCACAAUUACUGCAGGAACCCUGACUCUGAUGUCCAGCCGUGGUGCUACGUGUCCGAGACGGAGGAAGGAAUCUACUGGAAGUACUGCGACAUCCCGACAUGCCACAUGCCGGGAUAUGUUGGUUGCUUUGCGGACUUUGGCUCUCCUCCAGCCCUCAGUGGGACCAGUGGAACAUCGGCAAAGCUGACCAUCCAAACCUGCAUCCGGUUCUGCCGCAGAGAUGGCUACCAGUACGCGGGUGUAGAGGCCGGCUACGCCUGUUUCUGCGGCACUCCCUCCGAUGUGGCCAAGCUACAGACGGUCAGCAGUUCCCAGUGUGACCAGGUGUGUUUUGGGAGAACCAGCGAGCUGUGUGGUGGAGACGGGAGACUGAGUGUGUACAGUGCUUGGGUGGGGGAAUGCCACAGUAACCUCUCCUCCACCUCCGGGGUCCUGUAUUCUCCUGACUUCCCUGAUGAAUACACUGCAGGGAUCUCAUGUUCCUGGGACGUCCGAAUCCCAGGCAGCACCGCCAUACACAUGCAGUUCCGCACCUUCAACGUCCUGGACCCAAAUGACGUUCUGGUGGUAAGAGAUGGACAGAGUGGGAGCCGCCUUUUUCAGAUCCAUGGAGGCGAGGAUCCUCCCGCCAUUACUACCUUCCCAACAGGACACCUCCAGGUUACGUUCCAGUCUGACCGGGUGCAUAGUGGCCAAGGCUAUGCCAUCAUAUACAAAGGUCUGGGAAAGCUGCCACCCUCCGUGGGCUCUGCAGUGCCGUACUCUGGACGAGCCCCCACUACCAGCCACGUGACUCUGAAUGCCUUGGACCAUACAAUAGAGCAUCCAACACCGACCAAGACGGGGGACCCUGUUUCCAAGACUGCCUGGCUUGUCCUAGCGGCUGGACUGUUUCUCCUGAUGCUGGGGACUGGAUACAUGAUAUGGAG